AUGAGCAAAGAGAAGAUGCCGUGCUUCCUGCAGAGCAUUCAGCUUGUCAACUUUAUGUGCCACGACAAUUUACUGGUGGAAUUCAGCAAAAAGAUAACCUGCAUAGUUGGAAACAAUGGAAGCGGAAAAUCAGCCAUUAUGGUUGCUCUAGGCGCACUGUUUGGCGUGCGUGCUACAGCCAUGCGCGGGAACUCCUACAAGCAGUACAUCAAAACAGGAGAAGAGUAUUCAGUGAUAAGAGCAACGCUGUCCAGAAAAGAAGCAAACGGAGAGAUAAGUACGCUAGUGGUGGAAAAAAAGAUAGCAGCUGAAAGCUCUCGGAUAAGAAUAGUGCUGAAUGAUCAGGUAGUUGGAAAGACGCAGGACGACCUAAACUCGCUUAUUGAGCAGCUUCGGAUAAAUCUGAAAAAUCCUGUGUGUUUUCUGACGCAGGAUCAGUCUAAGAAGAUCCUGAAAGCACACAACCUCAAGAGCAUAUACACCUUCUUCAAGUCAGCAACGGACAUAUCUCGGAUAGAAGAUAUCCAUGUAAAAGACUCUGAUCUGAUUGCAUCAAUAAAAGAGACACUGGAGAGAGUGGAAAUGCGGAAGAAAAACAAAGUGAGCAUGCUGAAUGCAAUAAACAAUAGACUCGAGAUGAAAAAGAUAAUUGUGAGCACAGAAGAGCAGAUAAAAAAGCUGCGAGUGGAGCACGAGUGGGCAAAGGUCACGCAGCAGGAGAAAAAAAGAAGCGAAACAGAAAGGGAAAGGGAGAUUGUGAUGAAUAAAUGCUCAGCGCAUCUGCAGGAGAAAAGCGAGCUGCUUAGCCAGAUGGAGGCAGUAGCUGGGAAAAUCGCAUCUUUAUCAGAACAGCGCGCAGGGCUUCUAAUGAAGAGACAGAGCCAGCAAGAGAAGGUGAAAGAGAGCAUAAAACAGAACGAAAAGAAACAAAUGGAGAUAAUGAAAGAGCUGGAGCACUACAACUACGAGAUACAGCAAAAGACAAAAAAAGUGCAGAGAAUUGAGCAGGUGGCUGGAAAGACAGCAGUGGGCCUGGAUAAAGACGGCCAAGAGAAUGAAACACCAGAAGAGCUUGAAAAAACAAAAAGGCCACUGGAAGAAGAGUAUAAAGAAGCCAAAGAAGACCAAACAAAAUUAGAAGUGCAGAAUGCGCAGAUAGAAGUAACAAUAAAAAAAGUGCAGAUGGAAAUGCAGAGCACAGAAGCUGCAAAGCUCAAAAAAGAAGAAAUACUGCAGUCCUACAAAUUCAACAAUCCAAUGAAGUUCUACGGGCCUGCAAUGGAAAGAGCGGUGCAGGAUAUAAAAACAGCGCAGAUUGAAGCAACUGGCCCCAUUGGUCUGGGCAUCCAGGUGAAAGACAAGAAAUGGUCAAGAGCCAUUGAGGUGGCCCUUGGAAGCUGUGUUUUUGGGUUUAUAGUCCACACGCAGAGCGAUAAGACAGCACUGGAAAACAUUCUGAUGAAAAACGGUGUAAAAAGGUACCAGAUAUACCUGACAAAAAGACACAGCGAAAGAGAGAAAGACAGGAUCCUGGAAAAAGCGAAAAGAGUAGCACAGAACAUUCUGAAAGAGACACACUCUGUAUGCAGCUCUCCCAUCUCAACUGUUCUAUCGCAAAUAGAGGAUAACGAUCUUUUAGUAGUAGAGCAGCUGAUUAUUUUGCUUGGAAUCGAGAAAAUAGGGCUUAUAGACAACAGACAGGACGGAUACAAAAUUCUCCAGAAAAAAGCAGGUUUUGACUUUAUUCUCACGCCCUCUCCUGACAGAAUUCAGUACGUGGGAAACAGUCUGAGCGACAUGCGGUGCACCGUGCGAGAUAAGCAGCUGCUGGUAUCAAAAGAAAGCGAGCAAGACCUUCUGAAAGACAUAGAGCAUGUAAAAGAAAAACAGGCAGAGAUGCGCGAAAGAAUAAAAAAGCUGAGAAGCGAAUUGGAUACAGUGCACACUUCACUGCAGAAAAAUGAAAAUGCGCGAGCUAGGAUAAAAAAGAGCCUGGGCGAGAUAGAGAUGAAAAUUAAAAGAGCAAAAGACCUACUAAAAGAUGACCUCGAAAUAGAGUACAGACAGUGCAAGGAAGAGCUUGAGGGGCUGGAAAGCCAGAGGGCAUCUGUUCUAGAAACACACAGAGAAGUUAGUAGCGCGCUAAAAGCAAGUCAAGAGAGGCUAGCACAGAUACUCGAAGACAACAAAUAUGUGCAGGAAGAAGAGGACUACAACUACAAAAAAAACGCAAAAUUGUAUGCACAGGAGAACGAGAGUGUAAGAGGGAAAAUGCAGGAAACAGAGAUAUUGAUAAAAACUCUGCAGAAGAAGAUAGAUGAGAUGAACAACCACCUGGAAACCAUGCACAGAGAGUGUCUCUUCGUGAAAGACCAUGCACUGGAGCUAUCUAACCAGAAAAUACUAGUUAUUGACAAGGAUCCAGAGGAAAUAGAAAAAGAGCUGAUCAAUCUUACGGCAAAAGCGUAUGCAUACAGCACACAGCCAGCUACCUUUACAGAAAUGCUAAGCGACCCAGACUGCACUGCACUAUCAGAACAGGAAGAAGAAAAGCGGCUUGAAGAAAAAAAAACAGAACUUGAGGGAGAUAUUUCGAGAAUCGAUGUCAUUCUGAAAGAGAACCUGGAAGAGAUAGAGGAGAUAGAGAGAGGCACCGCAGAGAGAAUAAGAAAGAGAGAAGAGCUGAAGAUGAAGCUGGCUGAAGACGGGGCAAAGAGCUUUUCCGAUCUCAUGAACAUGCGAGAGUACAUGGGCGAGCUGGAGUUUGACCAUCUAAAAGAAGAGCUAAACAUAAAUGUAAAAGUGUGCGAUAGCUCAAAAGGAAACAAAAACACGCUGAGCGGAGGAGAAAGAUCAUUUUCAGGAAUCUGUUUCCUUCUUUCCCUCUGGCCACUGAUUAACUCACCGCUCAGAAUUCUUGACGAGUUUGAUGUGUUCAUGGACGGACUGAAUAGAAAGGCAGCACUUAACUUAAUAUUUGAGACAGCUCGGGCGAUAGACUCGCAAAUUAUCAUCAUCACACCUCUUGGCGUGUCAAACCCUCCCUCUGACAUAUGCGAAGUCAUCACACUCAAGCCUCCCAUCCGGUAG